UUUGUUUAUCAGAUGAAGAGAGUGUAAAAGUCUUUGUGACUGGAGUGAGGAUUUAGGAGGAUCUAACAGCUCAAGUAACCUUGAGCAGCCGACUGACUGCCUGUAAUGACAAACCCUGAUGAGAAGCUAAGUAGGACCUGUUUGAUAAACAGACAAAUGAAGAUGAGCUGAUGGAUUUAUGAAAUCUGAAAAGGAGAACCCUACUCAUGAAGAGAUGAUGUGCAAUGGCCCAGAGAACUCAGAAGCUUGUGCCCCUCCAGAAACUGACCAUGGGCAGCAGUGGGCACAGGAACACUGCAGACUGGGAACUUUUGUGGAAUUUCCACUUGACUGUCCAGUUCCAGCAUCAGCUUUAGCACGAGCUGGCUUUGUUUACACUGGAGAAGGUGACAAAGUGGAGUGCUUCAGUUGCAAUAUCAAUAUUGAAGGAUGGGCAUCUGGGGAUUGUGCAGUUGAGAGACAUAAACACCUUUCCCCAAAUUGCAGAUUUAUUGCAGAAUCUACUUUUCUGGAAAAUAACACACAUCCUCUCACCAACAACUACCAGGAUGAACACCACCGUGAAAAUGGUUCCAGCAACUCAGCCCUGGUGGAUGACCCUUCUGAGCUGGAGGCAGAUUACCUCUUGAGAACUCGAUGGGUUGUGGAUAUGUCAGAUACUUUGUAUCCUAAAAACCCCACUAUGUGCAGCGAAGAGACAAGGUUGAAGUCUUUUUACAACUGGCCCCUCAAUGGCCACUUGAAACCAAAGGAAUUAGCUAAUGCUGGAUUCUAUUACACAGGUGUUGAGGAUCAAGUGGCCUGUUUUUGUUGUGGUGGAAAGCUGAAACAGUGGGAACCCAGUGACAGAGCUUGGUCAGAACACAAGAGGCAUUUUCCCAAAUGCUUUUUUGUGCUGGGCCGGGACGUUGGAAAUGUUACAAGUGAAUCUGAGCUUGGGAGAAGUGGUCUGAAUGAUCCAGAGUAUCCAAGGAAUCCAUCUAUGGCAAAAUAUGGAAAACGUUUACAAACGUUUUUAACUUGGAUAUAUCCUGUUGACAAGGAGCAACUUGCUGAAGCUGGGUUCUAUAGCACUGGUAAUGGUGAUCAUGUUGUGUGUUUCCACUGUGGUGGAGGAUUGCAGGAUUGGAAGGAAAAUGAAAACCCAUGGGAUCAACAUGCCAAAUGGUUUCCUGGGUGCAGAUUUGUGAGAAAGGAAAAGGGGCAAGAAUUUAUAAAUAAUGUUCACUUAAGAGAUGAAUGUAGGGAUUCAACAACAGAAGCUGCUGAGCAGACAACACUUACUACAGUUGAUCUCUUACAGAAUCCUUUGGUACAAAGUGCCAUAGACAUGGGGUUCAGUUUGUCUGAGAUUAGGAACACCAUGGAAAAGAGAUUGCAGAUUUCUGGAGAAAGUCACACAUCUGUUGAGGAUCUGGUAGCAGACUUAAGUGCUCAAAAAGAAAAUAAGAGGGAAGAAGAACCAAAUGAGAUCCCAGUUGAGCAAGAUGAGCUUAUUCAAUUACAAAAUCUCUAUCUCAGUACUGAAGAGAAGUUAAGACGGUUGCAGGAGGAAAAGCUUUGUAAAAUCUGUAUGGCUAAAGACAUAUCAAUAGUUUUCAUUCCCUGUGGUCACCUACUUGCCUGUAAGGAAUGUGCUGAAGUACUUAAUGAAUGCCCUCUGUGUCGUUCAGACAUUGUGAGAAGACAGGAAGUUUUUAUGUAUUAGUGAAAUGUGUGAUGUAAAAGAUGCAUUAAAGUCCAGGAUGUAAUCAUGUGGCAGUGUUUUGGUUUGUCACUUAGAAAUCAAGUGAUUUUUUGUUUGUUUGUUUGUAAAAACAAAUGUUAAAAGGCAAAUAUUUAUAUUUUUUAACUUCCAAUCAUAGACCUGAUCUAGGAAAGUUGAAGUAUGAUAAUGUUGAAAUGUGAUAAUUCCUUUCCUUCACUUUGGUUUGAUUGAAGUUCAUGCAGUUGUUUAAGGAUUCUGGCCCUGUUUAAUAUUUGUAAACAAGUAAAUGACUAUAUGUGUAUAUAGUAUUUUUUUAAAUUAAAUCUGAGAUUUUAUCUUCUAAAAAACAUGUAAGAUUGAAAACUUUAUUUCUGUAACUUUAGUUGUGACAUAAUUGAGAGAAUAUGUGUAAACCUCCUGCUGCUCCUGUAUUUCACUGUAUGUUUGCUACUGCUCCUUUCUAAGUGUGUCUGUUUUGAUAUAGAAUUAUUUUUGUCUGGUUUUAUAUACUUAAAUUGGCUUGAGUAAACUCGUUUUAGCCAUCCAUUUUUCACAUAUAUAUAUAUAUGUAUAUUAAAAAUGCAAAUUAAUUCUAUUCCUCAAAGACAGCUCAAGAGAACUGAAGAUUUUAUGUACCUUGUGCACAUCAUGAAAGCAGCAGUCUCACUUAAAAUUGCUACCCUACACAAAAAAAAGUGUCUAUUAUUUGUUUUUUCUUGCAUUUCUUAUAAAUUUACCAUUAUCCUAUCUCAUUUCUUUGCUAAUACUUUGCAGUGCUUCUGUGUGUUUGUUUUUUUCAUAAGAGAUUAAACUUUUAUCUCCAUGAAAA